GAGGAACAAAGUCAGAUUGCUGGAAUUGCAGCUUUCUACAUGCAGUUCGACAGCCUCAGCAUUUUCUGGCUGUAAAAUUGCUUAUCAAACCCAGAUGUACCAGAAAAUGACACAGCUGAUGGACUCAUUUACUGGUGAUACAUUUCUGAUUCUGCAAAUGAUUCAACUUGCCAGCACGAUAAAAGCAUUAGAAAAGAAGAUCAAACUCAAUGCUACUUCUCCUGAAAUCAUACCGCUGCAGAAGGAACUGCAAGAGAAAAUUAAUGAACGUAAUAUGGUGGAACAGCAACUUGAAAAGGGCCACGCAAACUCAGCACUCAUUCUCCACAUCAUCUCACUGCAAAAUGAGAUCUGGGAUUUAGAGCAGGACGAAUCAAGGACAGGACAACCUAGUCUUCAGCUGAACAAGAGAAUUCUGGAUUUACAAGAACAACUGAAGAGGAAGAUCAGUGAGCUGCAAACUAAAGGAGACGCCAACUCACCUGUGCUGGAGCUCAUUUUUGUGAACAGUAAGAUUGCAGCAUUACAGAAGCUCAUCACUGUCCACUUCCAGAGGUCCAAAAAUAAUGUUGUUGAUUACGAGAGGCAGAGGAGACAAAAGUUUGAUCUCCUUAAAAAAAAGAUUGUACAGCUGGGUCAUGAUGAGAAGAACACAGAACUUACCAAGGAAAUUAUGAUUCUACAGUCUGAGAUGGAUCAUCUUAUAAAAUUAAUAUCAAAUGCCAAAAACUUAAGUGACUCUCAACUUAACGAGCUAAGAAGUAUUUUGGAGCAUGAGAAGAAACUGCAAGAAAACUUACAGAGACAACUACAGCAAACAGACUAUGCCCAGGCAGAAUCGAUCAUGAGACUCAUCACCAUAAUGAAAGAGCUGAGAGAGAUGAAGAUUGAUGAGAAACAACCGAAUACUUCCUAUGUCACCUCACUUCAAGCUCAGCUUCAGGCCAAACAAAGGGACUAUGAAAAAGCUCAGGCUGAAAUAAAGGAUCUGCAGAACAAACUGCGUUUAAUAACUGAUGAAUAUUCUGGAUUUGCAGAAAAAUACAAGCAGGUAAAAACUGAAUAUGAAAAGAAGAUUGAAGAGCUCAAGAAUACCGGAGACUCCAAAUCAGCAACCAUUCUGAACAUAAUGAACCUGCACAUUGAAUUGAAGAAUCUGAGGGAUCAGAUCGCUACAGCAACAAACCCAGAAAGGCUCACAGAGCUAGUGAGGAAACUGGAGGAGAAGCAAAGAGAACUGGACUCCAAGAAUAGAGACAUUGAUGGACUUUCCAACCACAAAACAAUCUUAGCAAUCAUUGAGCUGCAAAAUGAGAUAUGGGACCUUCAGACAAAACCUGCCAAUGAAACCACAAUUAACCACCUAAAAGAGCUGCAAACCAGACUGGAUCGUUUUGUCACUGAAAUAGAUGGAGCGGGAGAUCAAAACGCAAAACUGCUGCUGAAAAUCACAACACUACAGAGUCAGGUGGAGUGGCUGCAGAGACAGUUGUCAAACCUCCAAGCGUUAAAAGUCACUCAGGUAACCUGGCUCAAAAAUGAGCUUACAGCUAAGACAAUGGAACUAGAGAAAUAUGUCAAUGACCUCACUGAGAUGAAUCAGACUAAUACCCUGUUGAUUCUGAGAAUCACUAAUCUGCACAAAGAACUCAGAAGCCUAGAAGAUGAACGGCGCAAUGACAACACAACAUUUUAUUUAACAACUACUCAGCUGAGAGAUCAACUGAGGGCAAAAAACGCACAGCACAUUCAUGAUCAGGCUGAGAUCAAGAACCUGAUGCAUCUGCUUCAAGCCAAAGAAAGGGAACAUGCCAAUGCUCAGGCUAAGGUCAAAGAACUGGAGAGGAACCUGCAAUUACAGACUCAAAAUUGCUCUAUACUUCAGGAAAAAUAUAAGCAGGUAAAAACUGAAUUUGAACAGAAGAUUUUAGAACUGAACAGAACUGGAGACUCCAAAACGGCACUCAUUCUGAAUGUAGUAAACCUGCAAAAUGAGCUGACAUCUCUGAGGAACCAGAUCGCUUCCACAGGAGAACCUGACAAGAUUUUGGUUUUGAAGAAGCAACUGGAAAGGAAGCAAGCAGAACUGAACUCCAAGACUGCAGACAUUAAGAGACUGUAUGCCAACCCCCAAAUAAUUUUAACAAUCAUUAAGCUGCAGGAUGAAAUAUGGGACCUUCAGAAAAAUGCUACCAAUGGGACCACGAGUAAACGUAUCGAAGAGUUGCAGACCAGACUGAAUGGAUUCCUUAGUGAAAUAGAUGGUGACGACAGCACAAAACUCACGCUGACAAUCAUGAAACUACAGAGUGAAGUGGAGCUGCUGCAGAGACGGUUGUCAGACCUCCAGGGGCAAACAACCACUGAGGUUACCAAGCUCACAAAUGAUCUUAAAACCAAGAAGGAUGAGCUGCAAAACUAUAUUACUGAGCUGAAUAAGAAGAAUCAGGAAAAUGCCGAAUUGAUUUUGAGUAUAAGUAAUCUGAACACCCAACUCAGAAACCUCGAAGAAGAAAAGCAAACUGUGGAUGCAACAGCAUCUGAUACAGUUACAAAGCUGAAAGAACAGCUGCAGAUCAAAGAGCAGAGGCACAUUCAUGAUCAAGCUCAGAUCCAAGCACUGCAAAAUAAAUUGAACCAGACAGAGGCAGAGUGUUCCGGAUAUAGGCAGAAGAUUACAGAGCUGCAGAGUACCUUAGAUGACAAAAUUAAGGAGCUGCUGUCCAAAUCUGACAACGUUACUACAAUUGCUCUUCAUGUUUAUACAUUAACCCAGCAAGUGGAAGAGUAUAAGAAAGAACUGCAAAACACUAACUCCACAGCCAGGAUAGCAGAGCUUCAGAAAUUGAUAGAUGAAAAGAGCACUGAGCUGGCCACAAGAACCGAGCAGCUGGAAAACAAAAGUGGUCAAGCACAAAGAUUUCUGCAGAUUAUUAUACUACAAAAAGAGAUCGAGAAAUAUGUGAAUGUGGCAGUAAACAACACAGAUUACUAUAAGAUUGCACGUUUCCAAGAUCAGGUGAAUGAAUUAAUUGAUGGAAUUGAAGAUGAAAAAGACGAAAAUACCAGACUGACAUUCCAGCUUAUAGCUCAACAGGCGGAAGUAGCAAUACUGAAGAAACAAGAAGAGAGUCAGAACAAAGCUUAUGCAGAGAAAAUUAAAGGCCUGCAAGAUGAACUGGAUGAUGUCAGAAAACAGAUCCAUGAAAAAACACAGCAGCUGGAAUCAAGUCACGUGUGGAUUGUUAAUCUGUCGGCUCAAAUUGUUGAACUUAACCUGAAAAUCAAACCACUGGAAGAUGAAAUUUCAUACCUCAAAGAAACACAUGCUGAAGACCUUGCAGAGUUUGAGCGGAGAAUGAAUUUGAAAACGAAGCAACUGCAAGACAGUGAACUUCGACUCAAGAAAGCAGAUGAAAAGCAUUUUAAGUCGAUAAUGGAGAUCGCUGAUCUGAGGGAACAACUGAGAAGGGCACAGCAUCAGGCAUCCAAAGCUGUUAAAAAAAAUAUCAACGAAUUGGAACAACAGCUUCAAACACAACAACAAGAGAACAAAAAACUUGAAAACACAAAUAAAGACUUAAGCCAAGAGGCCAGAAACCUGAGAAUGUGCUGCAAUGAUGCCAGCACCAAGUGUGAAGAUAUACAAAAACAGCUGCAGCAAAGUCAGGAGGAUAUGGAUCGCCUGCUGCUGCAGCAGCAAGAAAGAGAUGAUACUCUCAAAAACCUGCAAGACGAGUUGAAGAAACAGUCCCAGAUGACUAACAAACUACAGCAGGAUUACAAAAACAUGGAGAGCCAACUGCAGCAGACCCAGGACAAUGCCGAUAACCUCCAGGAGCAGCUGCGUGAGAAAGAUGCCAGGUUCAACCAGUUGCAGCAGAACUUAGAAAAUCAGAUCACAGAGAAGAAGAAAAUACAGGAUGACUACAACAAGCUGCAAAAUGAGAAGAACGAACUUGAGGAAACUGUACAAGAACUUCAAACAAAAAGAGAUGAGGAGGAAGCACGCACAAUCCACACCAAGAAGAUGACCUUCGAUCCAAACACAGCACACCCAAGAAUAGUUCUGUCUGCAGAUAACACUCAGAUGUCCCCUACUGAUGAAAUACAGAAUGUCCCCGAUAAUCCAGGCCGGUUUGACGUGGUUCUUGCUGUCCUGGGUACACCUGGCUUCUCAAGUGGAAGACAUUACUGGGAAGUGUCUGUAGCUGGGAAGAUUUGUUACCACAUUGGGAUGGCCAGUGAAUCUGCUCCAAGAAAGGGAACAAUACUUUUCAAUCCAGCGAAGGGGUACUGGACUAUAAUUCUGAACAAACAAGGCCAGUACCGAGCUGUUGAUAGAAGACCUGCUAUUAUUCCAGUUAAGAUGCAGCCUAAUACGCUGGGUAUUCUGCUGGACUACAAAAAGGGACAGAUCUCCUUUUAUGAUGCUUCUGACAGAUCUCAUAUGUACUCAUUUGUAGGUGAGACGUUUACAGAAAAAAUCUACCCAUUUAUCAAUUUUUGUGUUGAGGAUGUUGAAAAUCAGGCUCCAAUAACUUUACUUCCUCCUGGAUCAACUGACUGGAUAACUCAGUGAACUGUGUGAGCUCCAGCCAACCUGGAGCCUUUCUGUGUGGAGUUUGCAUGUUCUCCCUGUGCCUGCAUGGGUUCUCUCCAGGUACUCCGGCUUACUCUCACAGUCCAAAGACAUGCAUCUUAGGUUGAUUAGUUAGUACCCUGCCUCUUACCUAAUGUCAGCUGGGAUUGGCUCCAGCCCUCCCACGAUCUCUUCAAGAUAAGUAGUAUAGAUAUUGGAUGGAUGACUAGUUUGUCCUGUCUAACAAAUCUUAGCCAUGUAUGUACAUGUACAUGUAUCUUGAUAGGUAGCAAAACAGUCACUGUGAAUGCAGAAUAGUUCUAACACAUACUUGUUAU